GUAUGAUAGAAGUGCCCUGCUGGGGCUGCGGGUCCGACGAAAGUGCAAGAUCCGCCCUGGGCUGCGGCUUUCUCCGAAGGCGCAAACAUCAAAGUCUUCACACCACCACCAUGAGGAGAGUGGAGAGCAUCCGAGAUUGCUCCUCUAAUUGACUAGCCCCAUGAUGGUCCAGGCAUAGUUGUGGUUCGCUGCAACCAAGACACCCGGAGACGGGUUUAAGUUCCAGGUGGACUUUGCACCACGGUGCUCACCUACAUGGAGUACGAACGCACGGCCAACGAGCGAGAUGGAUGUCUCUCUUCUGGCUGGCUUCCUGGCUUCCUGGCUGCCUUGGCUCGAUGCGGUACUGGCUACGCCAUGCAGAAUUCGACUGCACUCCAUCUACUCUGUUUUGGUGGCCGGCCGGUUCGUUCUGUGGACUUUGGACGAUGGAGGUGGUUCGUGUGGUUCGUGUGGUUCAGGCGGUUCAGGUGGUUCGCCCCCCCGUGUUGGGUCUGUUUGGCGAUCCGUCCGUCCGUCUAGAGCACUUGGUUGUCCCCUUCGUAUUUGUGUGAGUGUUACCGGACGGGAAGGGCGAGGGGGCGCGCGCGGGGAGGAGAACUCUCCGCCGUUCCAGUGGUGGGGAGGGAGGGAUCGCUCGCUCAUCCAUGACAGCCACCACUCCACCCCCGAAUUACAUGCUCUGGGUGCUGCAUUGCACUCCAUCAUCAGGGUAGGGCGACGAACGGCGGGUACAUAGCAGAAUAGUUACUCGCUCGCUGCUGCUGCGAAGGAAAAGCCACAAUCCUGGGGAUGACAUCCGGUUUUGCGGACCGUGCAUAGAAAGUAGAGUGCUCUGCCGUAGUGAACGAAUAUCGAUCGAGGUGGCGGGACGAUCACGGAAAACCUCUCUUUCUUCUCUUCUCCUUCUGUCUCUCCAGCCAGCCAGCAACACACCACACAUAGAUCACACACACCCACACGCGCCUCCCAUCCUCCAUACUAUACACAGCAUACCAAGCAUCUUCACACGUCUGCGGUUACAUACUACACACUUACUGCCCCGAGAAAGGAACUCCUCGAGUAACCCGGAUCGACUGUCCACCACCACCACCACCACCACCCCCCAGCACCACCGCACGGCACUACAACACACGGCUCCUGCUGCACCCCGUCUGACAACC